GAUAGCACUCUCCGCUCUUUGCCACGAAUUGCAAGUUUGCGAUCCCGUCGCAUUCAAGUUUCAGCCAUUGUUUUGUGCAAAAAGCUAAGUAAUAGUGCUUCGGUGGGGCAAAACAAGUAAUCCUGGACAUCCGGAAUUCAGUCAACAACUCGCACCGGUGACUUAGGGACUCUUGCAUCGAAUUAAGCAGCGCCGAAAAAAAGCCGGCAGGCGGAAGAGCAAGGAAAAUGACGCUGGACGUGGGCGGCGUCGCCAGGGGACUGCUCACCUGGGACAAACAGGAGCACCUGGUCAAGCUGGCCAUUCUCAUCCUGGCAGCGGUUUUAUCAUUUGCCACACGCUUGUUCUCUGUGCUGCGAUUCGAAAGCGUAAUCCAUGAGUUCGAUCCGUACUUCAACUACCGCACCACGCGGUUUCUGGCGGAGCAGGGCUUUUACAAGUUCCACAACUGGUUCGAUGACCGCGCCUGGUAUCCCCUGGGCCGCAUCAUCGGCGGCACCAUCUAUCCCGGGCUGAUGCUCACCUCGGCGGCCCUGUACCGCCUGAUGUGGCUGCUCAAUGUGACCAUCGACAUACGGAACGUGUGCGUCUUCCUGGCGCCCUUCUUCUCCUCGCUGACCACGCUGGUGACCUACGCCCUCACAAAGGAGAUACACAGCACUGGAGCUGGACUGGUGGCCGCCGCUUUGAUAUCCAUCGUUCCCGGGUAUAUCUCUCGAUCCGUGGCGGGAUCGUACGACAAUGAAGGCAUCGCCAUUUUCUGCAUGCUCUUCACCUACUAUUUGUGGAUCAAGGCGGUAAAGACGGGCACGAUCUUUUGGUCGGCUAUGUCGGCAUUGGCCUACUUCUAUAUGGUCUCCUCGUGGGGUGGCUAUGUCUUCCUGAUUAACCUAAUCCCGCUGCACGUGCUGGCGCUGAUGAUCACCGGACGUUUCUCGCACAGGAUCUACAUAGCAUACAGCACGCUAUACUGCGUCGGCACCAUUCUGUCGAUGCAGAUCUCGUUUGUGGGAUUCCAACCCAUCCAGAGCUCCGAACACAUGCUGGCACUGGGAACCUUUGGCCUGUGCCAGAUUCACGCUUUCGUCGACUAUCUGCGCUCGCGCAUUCCCAAGGAUCACUUCGAUCUGCUCUUCAAGACGUUGGUUUCCAGUGUUUUGACUGUGGUGUUCGUCGUGGGUACCCUGCUCACGCUUACCGGGAAAGUCUCCCCCUGGACCGGCAGAUUUUACUCGCUACUAGAUCCAUCCUAUGCCAAGAAUCACAUUCCAAUCAUCGCCUCCGUAUCGGAGCAUCAGCCUACAUCCUGGUCGUCUUUCUAUUUUGAUCUGCAGAUCCUGGUCUUCCUCUUUCCCGCUGGCCUUUAUUUCUGCUUUUCCAAGCUGACGGACUCGAACAUCUUUAUUAUUUUGUAUGGCGUCACCAGUAUUUAUUUCGCCGGAGUGAUGGUGCGUCUAAUGCUGGUCCUGGCGCCCGUGAUGUGUGUGCUAUCCGGAAUUGCCAUUUCGCAUCUGCUGGCCAAGUAUAUCAAGAGCGUUGAUGCCGGAAGCUCAUCGAAGCAGGGAGUAGAAAGCAAGCGGCAGCACAAGAAGCUGGAACAGCAGACGGGAGGCGUGAAGAGCGAGGUGGCCAUUGGAUUCGUGGGUGUCAUCACUCUGAUGCUUAUAGUGUACACGCUGCACUGCACCUGGGUCACCUCGGAGGCCUACUCCUCGCCCAGUAUUGUGUUGAGUGCCAGGUCGCACGAUGGCGGCCGCAUCAUUUUCGAUGACUUCCGCGAGGCCUACUACUGGCUGCAGAUGAACACUCCGGAGGACGCUCGCAUAAUGUCCUGGUGGGACUACGGCUACCAGAUAACGGCCAUGGCCAAUCGGACGAUAUUGGUGGAUAACAAUACUUGGAACAACACACAUAUAUCGCGCGUUGGCCAGGCGAUGGCCUCUUCGGAGGAGAAAGCCUACGAGAUAAUGAGGGAACUGGAUGUGGACUACGUUCUCGUGAUUUUCGGAGGGCUCACUGGCUACUCAUCGGACGAUAUCAACAAGUUCCUGUGGAUGGUGCGCAUUGGCGGCAGCACGGAUCGUGGUGCGCACAUCCGCGAAAAGGACUACUAUGCGGCCAACGGAGAGUUCCGAGUGGACAAGGAGGGCUCACCCACACUGCUCAAUUGUUUGAUGUACAAGAUGUGCUACUAUCGCUUUGGGCAAAUGUACACGGAAGGUGGCAAAGCCCAGGGCUACGAUCGAGUUCGUGCCGCCGAGAUCGGCAACAAGGACUUUGAACUGGAUGUCAUGGAGGAGGCGUACACCACGGAGCACUGGCUGGUGCGCAUCUACAAGGUUAAGGAUCUGCCGAAUCGUGGAGUCUGAGAAAUAAGUGUCGCAGUCAUUCCGCUCUAUUCUGUGUUCUGUACAUUAGCUAACUCUGCCCGUCUCCCUCUAUCUCGAAUAUUUGGCAAUCUCUCUCGCUCUAUGAGCACCAAUUGCUGCAUUCUCCUGCUUUGCCCAUCAUGCAUUUAGUUCUACACUGGCACAAAACCACAAAAACCAAGUAUUUUUUUUGUUUUUAUAUUUUUACAAAUGUCUCAAGUGUACCAGAUGCGUCUGGCUUCUUAAGCAAGAAAGGAGCAUGUAAGCGAAUCGAACGAAAUAUAUAUAUGUGGAGAAAAACUAUCAUAAUCAUUGAAGUUUUAUUGGCGUUGCAAGUGGGGAGCACAGUUCACGUAGUAACGAAUUCACAUAGUAUCUACUCGUAC